CAGCGCGGUUUGCUGGUUAACUAGUAUUUGUUACAACUUAAUUUGUGGGUAUAAAGAACACGAUAUGUCAAGUACAACCAUCCCAUUGAAGAAGAAGCGAAGACUGGGGAGUAAACCGGAGGUAGAACCGUCGCAAAUUUCGCCACCAAAAGACACAAAGAAGCUAAAACGUGCACAGGAUUCUACUUCACAUUCACAGGAGUCCACUGGUGCGUACAGUGAGGAGCUGGAAGUGCUGAAGCGCGAUGGACAGCAGGAUUUGGAACUCCACCGCAGCGAGUGCGCCAACUUACGACAGAUCAUGCAAGACAUCCAGUCUGCCAAGAUGAGUGACGCUGACGAUAAGGAUGAGUAUGUUGCCAACAAGCGCAUGCAGGCCUCGCUCCAUUUUGUCACCCUGAAGAAACUGAACCGCUUGUCUCACUUUCGCUGCAAGGCGGCACGGGAGACCACCAUGGCGGGCAAGCAGCGGGUCGACAGCUUGCACCUACAGCUGCAGAACCUGCUGUACGAGGUCAUGCACCUGCAGAAGGAGAUCAAGAAAUGCCGAGAAUUCAAGUCCAAGGACGAAGACAUUGAAUUGGUUGACGUCGACACUUUCUAUCGUGAAGCUCCUUCGGAGAUCGCCACUCCUCACAGCACCAAGAAGGACCCUCACAAACAGCGACUGGCUAGACUGGACUGGGAACUAGAGCAGAGAAAAAGGUUGGCUGAGAAGCUGAAAGAUUGCCAGAGCAACACGGAUAUCCUAGCCAGAGAGAUCAACACCAAGGAGGAAUAUCUGGAUAGUCUACAGCCUCAACUAGCAACCAUCCUACAGGCUACCAUACCGGUCCAGGAAUACCUCUCCAUGCCGAUACACGAGAUCCGUGCCCAACACCAGACAGCCAAACUGCUCCCGAGGCCGCUGUACAUCUUGUACGUCCAGGCCAGCGCUUACCAGGAGGCUAGAGAUUCUUCCAUGUCGCUGAAGAUUGAGGGUGAUAAGGAUGCGGUGAUAUCUGCCGGCUCUGCAUCGCCGGUCAUUGAGGAAGAAAGCGACUCUGAUAAUGAGGAGAGCCUCACCCAAUCAAAGCGGAGACGGAAGACCGUUGGGAAUAAACUGGAAGAGAAGAGACAGAAGCUACUGGCCAAGCACCCACUGCAAGUCAUCAUGACACUGAAGUUUAGAGAUGGCUCCGUUCUGACGUUGACAUUCUCCUACCUAACAUCGCUCCACAUUGUCUCGGUUGGCGUCGACCUAAAGUUAUCCUCAGCAGCAAAGACGACGACAGUCACAAGUGAUCUUCUUUCCCCCGACCGCCUGCUAAGCUGUCUCCACCCAGGGGAUACCGGACUUGUCUCACCCAAUGCAUCAAACGCUUACCAGUUCAGCAAAUUAGGCAUGGAUUCUAUGAGUUCCUACAUCGGCAAGACCGGCCACCCAUAUCGCUGGGCCCAGUGGCUGGCCGGUCUAGACUUCCUACCAGAGGACAGCGAAGCAACAAAAGCAACAACAGCUAUCAGCACUAGUCACAUGGAAUCAACUCUCAAAGCCUUACGAUCCCGCACCCGGGCACGUCUGGCCUUGACAAAACAACUGACUUCCUUGGAGCGUAACACGGUGCCCGUACCAGCCCAGUCUGUGGGUCUUUUCCCGGCCAAGAUAGCGGCCAGACUAACCUCAUGGGCGACAAUCACCAAGGAAGAUUUCCAAGCUUUGCUGUUCAUGCAGAGAUCACCAGCUUUAGAACUCGCAGAGGACUACCAGCAUUUCUAUCUGGCAACAUGUUCAAGAGGAUCUGCUAUUCUCAAAGCAGCCGUUCUGCUGAGCGUAGAUUACCCACGAUGCCCUCCUCACAUUGUCAUCGGUGUCACGCUGACGGGAGAGCACAAUCACAGCAAUGACAAUGACAUCAGGGAUCUGGAAUCGGAGCUGAACCUCCAUUAUGACGAGCUGGUCACAGAGAAGUCACAUGACUACCUGCUGUCCAAUCAGCUGCAGCGACUGCUCAUGUGCUUCGACGUGUACGUGGAGACCAGAGGGGAGGGGGAGGGAGCAGAGGGACCCACCGAAUUCGCCCGGGAAAAGAUGUUCAUACGACUGACUAGGGGUAGGGGCCGCUCUAAACCCUACAAGUAUAACGCUCAGUAUCGGUACUUCACUCAGCGCUAGAAAUCCACAGCUUUAAUACUGGUACCACUCCUGACCAUAUUGCGCCAAUAGAGGGCGCCCCAGCCAUUCCUUUCUGGCAUACAACGAUUCCUCGGAUCCGCUGAUUAACUCGGAUCCGUUGAUUUCCUCGGAUCCGCUGAUUUACUCGGAUCCGCUGAUUUACUCGGAUCCGCUGAUUUACUCGGAUCCGCCGAUUUACUCGGAUCCGCCGAUUUACUCUGAUCCGUUUUCUCGUUUGCAUUUUUAAUGAAUGCCAUUUCAAAUUGAAAAACAAAUUGUGUGGUUUGAAGUUUCCUUGUUUUUUUCUCUAAAUUCAAGUUGCAUGCCUGUCUUUUGUCCCUUCACUGUGUAUGACCUCAAGUACUGGUUUUAUAUGGUUUAUUUCAUACAUUUGUCAUCCAAUUUUUCUUUGUGUCUCUGUUAAAUCUGUUGUAACAUUUUGUAAAUUCAGCAGCCGUUUUCACGAAACAGUGCAUUACUUUAAUACGCCAUGCGUAGGACUUAUGCAACAAAUUUGUUUUGCGGCAGCGCAAUAAACUUACUAUUGGUAUUCAUAUUCAUGAACCUUGGCAUAGCUACGUAAUGUUUAAAUCAUAUAAAUAUCUUGGCCGAGGAUACAACAGCUUUUAUAGCAGCCGUUUGAGUAUGAAUUUGUUCGUUCAUGAAACAGUUGUUGACUCACCACUGACCACAAUUUUGGAAAUAGUUUUGUCAGACUUUCUUCGGAAAAAUGGUUGCUCAAAAAGUUCUGUCACAAGUAAAAUAGCAAUUCGUUUUAUCCAAACACAAAGCUGUGGAGUGUCUUGUGUUGAUAAGUUGUGCAAUUACAGGCUCCACAACAGUCACGAUUUGUUGGUAAAGUACAUCAUUUUCAGUCGCUACGUCCAUUUUACGCCAUCUAAAAUGAUUGGGCAAGUUACGCACUGUGACUCUUUCAUGAUUGUCAUAACUGAAUUGUUGCGCAGCGUGAAAUGUUGAACAAAUUACGCAAUAAAAUGUGCCGCAAGUGGAGUUACGCCAUCGCAUAAAGUUUCAUGAAAUCGGCUGCUGGACACAAUGUUUUAUGCCUUCAAAAGUGAUUAAAAAAAGAACA